AUGGAGCUCAUCCGACGCAGACUGGGGAAACUCCCCGUUUCACGUCUUUUCGUGAGCGCGCGGAGGCCUUCAUGGAGGCCUUUGCAGCACCGACCAUGGCGGUUCAACUCCACAUUCGCAACCCCUAUACCAGCUCCGGAGGAAGCGAUCACAAAUGCGGUAGAUUCACCUGGGAUAGUUCUUAGGAACUAUCAGGAGGAAAGCAUUCAAUCAGUGCUCCGCUAUUUGGAUCAGGGUCAUAAUCGCCUUGGAAUCUCACUAGCAACAGGUGCUGGCAAAACGGUAAUCUUUACACAGCUUAUUAGUAGAAUUCCCCAGCACCAUGAUAGGGGCGACAAGAGUCUCAUCAUUGUUCACCGACGGGAACUUGUUGAACAGGCUGCUCGACAUUGCCAACUCGCGUAUCCGGAUAAAAGGGUUGAGAUUGAAAUGGGCAAUAGUAUGGCUUCUGGAUCCGCGGAUAUAAUUAUCGCCUCAGUUCGGAGCUUAGCGUCGCGAGGUCGCUUUGAGAGGUUUGACCCAAGAUCAUUCAAACUUGUUCUGGUGGAUGAAGCACAUCAUAUUGUGGCGCGUUCCUACCGUGAAGUGUUGAAAUAUCUUGGUUUGAGCGAGCCAUCCCAAGAGUCGCCCGUGCUAGUUGGUGUUUCUGCUACAUUUUCACGGUUUGAUGGUCUCAAGCUGGGUGCCGCCAUAGACCAUAUUGUAUACCAUAAAGACUAUGUGGAUUUGAUCGACGAGAAUUGGCUCUCCAAUGCUGUUUUCACAACUGUUCAAUCUGAAGCAAACCUUUCAAAAGUCAAGAAGGAUAGUUUUGGCGACUUUGCCACUGGCUCCCUAUCUGAGGCUGUCAACACCGAAAGGUCAAACCGCAUUACGGUUCAAGCAUGGCUUGCCAAUGCAAAUGAGCGCAAAUCCACUCUGGUAUUUUGCGUAGAUGUUGCGCAUGCGAAGGAACUUACUGAAAUGUUUCGCGCGCAUGGCAUAGAUGCCCGCUACAUCACAGGCGCGACAUCGAAAGACUUACGUGCGAAACAGCUCGAUGCGUUCAAGAAUCAAGAAUAUCCAGUUCUUGUGAAUUGCGCCCUUUUCACCGAGGGUACUGAUAUUCCCAACAUCGACUGCGUCCUCCUUGCCAGACCUACCCGGUCGAGGAAUCUACUGAUCCAGAUGAUUGGGAGAGGACUUCGAUUGUAUCCAGGAAAGGAGAACUGCCAUAUAAUUGACAUGGUUGCCACGCUAGAAACAGGUGUUAUUUCGACACCUACUCUAUUUGGCCUGCAUCCAGAUGAGGUGCUCGAUAAGUCGAAUGUUGCAGAGCUCAAGGAUCGGGAGAGCCGUGUUGAAAACGAUAAUGGAGACGCUGAGGCGCCUACAGAUGGGCCAGAAAAUGAUACAUUAGAUGGUGAUAUCAAGUUAACAUUCACCAAAUAUGACACUAUCUACGACCUUAUUGGAGAUAUGCGGUUCGAUAGACACAUUCGAUCCCUCAGUUCUAAUUCAUGGGUUCGAGUUGGCGAGGACCGCUACCAUCUUUCAGACAAAUCAGGAUGGUUAACUAUUGAGAAAUCAAAAGAUACAUUCGAUGUACGACAUGUCACUAUGUUCAAAACACCUACCGAUCACACGCAAUAUACUCGGCCGCGGCUUAUCGCAUCAGCCACAGAUCUCGACACGGCUGUUCGAGCUGCUGACACUUUUGCAAGCAGCGAGUUUGAAGAGCAUUAUAUCGCAUCCUGGAAGGGCUGGAGGCGAUACCCGGCUACGACGUCCCAGAUACAGGUCUUAAACAAGGCAAAGGUCAGGAACGAAAAACUGGGGCCAUCAGACCUAACCAGGGGACAAGCAGCAGAUAUGAUCACGAAACUCAAGCAUGGCGGGAAGAAGCGUUUCACGGCAUCUGCUAGCGAGAGACAAGCAUUACAGAAACGAGAGAAGAAGCGAGAGAAAGAUGCUCGAGAACUUGAGAAGCUCAAGCAAAGAGAGGACGUGAAAGUUGGGCCUGUUGCAAAUUAG